AUGACCUACGCGACCGCCGCGCCCGCAACUCCUGGCGGACAGAGCAACUCGCCGCCUGUCUGCCAGAACUGCACCACGAGCACGACACCGCUCUGGCGCCGCGAUGAGUCCGGCGCCGUGCUUUGCAACGCCUGCGGGCUGUUCCUGAAGCUGCACGGCCGCCCACGCCCAAUCUCGCUCAAGACGGAUGUCAUCAAGAGCCGCAACCGCGUCAAGACGGGUGGGCCAGGGCGCAAGAAGGGCGAGGGAAUCAACGGCCUUGCUGCCGCCCACCCCGACGCCGACGGUCAGCUGGGCCUCGCUCAGCACCGCCGCGCCUCUGGCAAGAUCUCGUCCGGCCUCUCCGAUCGCUCGCAGUCGCCCAUCUCGCGCACCGGCACGCCCAACUUUGCCCACCCCUCCAACAUCGCGCCCCAGCACAUGUUCGAGCAGGCGCUGAACGGGGACGCCGUAUUCCAGCCCUCCAUGCACGGCUUCGGCAUCCCACGCCAGCCCUCGCCCAGCUCUCUGUCCUCGAUCAACGGCUCGCACCUCGAGCCGCCGCUCUCAUACGACUCGCUCGCCGCCCAGAACACCGCGCUGAAGACGCGCGUCUCCGAGAUGGAGCUCAUCAACGACCUCUUCCGCAACCGCGUCAGCGAGCUCGAGACCAGCGAAGGCCAGGCCCGCGCCACCGAGCAGGCACUGAGAGCCGAGCUCGAGGCCACCCAGCAGCGCGAGCAGGCCCUGAAGCGGCGCAUUGAGGAGAUCGAGGAGGAGAGCCCACGGCACAAGAAGAUGAGGAUGAGCGACCUGGUCGACGAGAGCCGCGCGGGGUCGCCAAUCAGCUCCAUGGUGGAGUAG